AUGUGCUCUGACGACAGUUGGCUCUCAGUUCGGGUCUCCGUGAUGGCAGCGCAAGACAUGCGCGAGCGCAUGCUUGGCAUCGGCUCCUGCUGGUUUGUGCCAGUAGUCCUUCUCUGCACUGCCUUCGGGGUCUGGCGGCCUGGGUUGCCUCUGGCAGCAAACAAUCCGGCCUUCCGCCUCGACAAGCUUACCGCCUGGUGGCAUCGCGGCCCACAGCUUUCAGUAAUUUCCUUGAAAGUCUAUGUGUGCAUGUUGCUGGUCAUCGAGCUGCUUGGUGCUUCAUCACCGCUGGUCUCAGUGCUCUCCCUGCCAGAAAUUCUGCGAAGAGUGCGAAGACACCCGUAUGGGCCCGGCGACGAGGUGGGGCUAUUUGGGGGCAAAAGCCUUGAAGACUCGCCUCAUCUAAUGCCCCGGCUCACCUGUUUGUUCAUGCCAGACUUGGACAACAGCACCGCUGACGGCUAUGCCUCGUUUCAUGCCGGCCUACGAGCCACGCUGCUGGGUGCCUGGUGCAUCUUCCUUGUCACACCCUGCACCUGGAAAAAGAUCUCCACGGUGUGUUUUACUUGGGGAGCAGCCAUGUACUUCUAUUUCGGUAGCCUGGGCGUUAUGUUCGCGCCCACCGAGAGUGUGUGCUCCUCGUACUUCUUUGUGAUGGGAGCUGUCUUGGUCGUGCCACAUGCUGACAGUGCUCAUGCGCAGGCAUGGUUGUGGAAGUAUCUGGUCCUGUGCAUAUUGGCGCCAUAUUAUUUGGCGGGAGGGUUCGGGAAGCUGCGAUACGCUGGUUGGAUAUCAGUUCUUACCGGGAGUUGGAUCCGGGAGGACUUGUUAGAUUUCCCUUCCAUAUUUCCUGGCUUCAAUGCUUGGGUGGCACACACCCCGUUGAUGACAUUCCUGUUCUCGUUCGGGUGCAUGCUGGUCGAGUUCGUGGGGCCUCUGCUCGUCCUGGCCGUUGCUGGAGAGCCAUGCUCCAAACUGGCGUUCUGGUCCGUAACAGCAUGGAGUUGUAUGGUCCUCUGCUUUCUCCUGGGAGCCUGGCUUUUCCUUUCACCGAACUUCAUUCGCCAGGUGCCUUUGACGAUCAUGAUUCUCUAUGGCCUCUGGGUUUCGGAGGAGAGAUCCGAGGGCCACCGUGCCGAAUCUCAAGGCAUCUCAAUAUCAAUGUGCUACUGCAGAGUUGUCUUGGCUAUUGUUUUGUUCAGCGGGUGGUUUGCGGUUCAAGUGUGGUCAGACCUGGCACAUCUCACCGGCGCCACGCCACAACUAUCAAAGCAUGAUCCAGCAUGGCCAAUCGGCGAGUUCAGCAUGUUCGUCUAUCCUUCGGAGACAUCGAAUUACACGCGGUCGUUGUCUCUCGAGACUCUGGUGUAUUUUGUCCUUUGUGUGAAGACGUCACGAGACAUCUCGUCUGCCGCAAAGAACGGCACAUGA